AUGUCCAGACCUGGUUCCGAGACUGGCCAUGCCCCGCUUGGAUUGCCGGUGACGCCUGCGACUCAUGAUGAUUGCGGCCGCGAUGAUCGUGGCCCCAGCCCUAGCUUUGCCCACCUCGUCCAUCCCCGGCCCGAGUUCGAGCACGAGCGAAUCCCAAUGGACAGGAACAACUCACCCUUUAAUAGUACCAAUGAUAAUGCUAUUCCCGCGGCCUUCCCUGCACCGUGGGCCACCACAAACCCAAUUCCACCGCCGGACGCGUCUCUGAAGAGAGCCACUACAGCUCCCCCCGCUGAGCAGCUGCGCCCUUCUCGCGCUUUCUCGUUAACACACCUCUCUGCUGAGCCCUUUCGUUCCCAGGUGCCUCAGCUCUCCGAAAGAGACAGUAUCUUCGCGACUCACUAUCUGCCUUCGGACAACAAUGAUGCCAUCGCUUCUUCUCCCCCGUCGUCGCUUCUUGGCCCAACGCUCCAUCGUCUCGACCAUGCACCGAGCCUAGGACAACCGAAGCCUGGAGGUGCUCCUGCUCCCCCGUUGUCGACAGUGCCUGUGUCUGGCUUGGUGAAUCCCCGCGAACUGCUGCUGCCCGUCGGCGACAAUCCGCCACGCUCAUCCGCCAGGGACGACGCUACCUCGCCGCCUCGGAAGUUCAUGUCGCGGCCAGCCGUGUUUCGCCGUGCUUCUGACUUAGUGCUACAGGCCCCUCCCGUGUCUUUGACUGGCUCUCAUGUUGGUUGGGUGAAGCAGCAAGAGACUGUAGAGAGUUCCAAAGUCGCCGGUUCUCAUCGAAUUGCCAUACGGGAAACUUUUCAUCCGCUCAGGAAAAUUGUAUCAGAAGGCCCGGACUCUGAGAAUCAUCUCCCACCCGAUCUUGGCCCUGCUCAAACCAUAAGCGAUUCCCGCCCACGCCCUCACGAUCCCCCUAUGUUACAUCCUUCUUAUACGGAGCACGAAAUUGCACUAGCCGAUUCAUGGCAUGCCGCACGGCAUCUGAGAAACGGGGACAGAACAGUAGCUUGGGACGAUGAUUUGACUCGUAACUCAAGCCGCGGCCGUGGUACUCGAGUAGAGGAAUCAAUUGAAGCUAAUUUAACCAACGCAGAGCCCGCCUCCAAUGUUCGAAGCCGCAAGUCUAGUCAUUAUUUAGGUUUAUUUAAAGAAAACACCACAUCGCCGGAUCGCAAGAGGCGCGAAGCUAGAGACCGUCCUCCGGAUUUUACCCAAGUCACCAAGGAGUCAAAUGAUGAUGACGAUGAUGAAAUGGUCGCGGAGGGCCAAGCUGCGCCCUCUACCCCCCGUCCAAGCCAUGCGGCUUUACAUAGGCAGCUAGUACAAGAGGACCCCGAACGAACCACUUCCCUCGGAAAUGACGCUGCUCCACCAUCUGAGCACAUGGAGCAGCGAUUACUUGGCGUUGAUGUUGAACUGUCACCCCAUUCCAUUCGCACUAUACCUCGAAGCUUAUCAGAGGAAAUACGCAACUUUCAUUUAACAUCGGGUGGCACCCGCGGCAGUUCAUUCUCUCCUAGUAUCCCGACUCUCUAUGCAGAGAAACUUCGAAACAAGGCCCGGGACAAAGGCCUACCACCACCAUUUGUUGACGGACACACUCCUCCAUCUCGUGGACUUCGCACGUCCGUUAUCGCACCGGAUGAAGAAGACGACGAGCAUAUUUCGUCUGCGUUGUAUUUUCCGCACGAAGUCGCUCCUUCUGAAGAGAAAGGUUCUUUCUCGGCAUACCGACAUGAAGAGGAAGCAUAUGAUCGCUUGGGACCGGCAGGCCGUGAUCAAGCGGAAGCUGAUCAUGGUGGCCAUGUUGAUAUAUCUCUCCUUUCUAAAAAGGACAGUUCCAGUAUCCUCCAUGGAGAUUAUGAACCAUAUAGUGACGCUGAAGACAAAUCUUUGGCAACAAUAUCAGAAUACAGUCAUGAAACCACAUCGGAGUCUGAUGCCGAAAGUGCGUUGUCUACGCUUGACGAGCUUUCCAGUUUGACAGACGAUGCAGAACACCUAGCAAUGACGCCUACCCAGAGCCAGCGUGCGGUACGCCAUCGCCGCAAGCAUACGAAAACAGGGCCUAUUGGCGCCGUGGAAUUGAAACCUUAUCGACAUCAGGUGGGUGGGCAUACCACGGUCUUUCGAUUUUCACGGCGAGCUGUGUGCAAGCAACUCAACAAUCGUGAAAACGAGUUCUAUGAACGCAUAGAAAGGCGGCAUCCUGAAAUGCUUGUAUUUUUGCCUAGGUACAUUGGGGUUUUGAAUGUCACUUUCUCCAAAAAGCCAAAACAUUCUAAGAAAAGAAGCAAUGGCGCUGUGCAGAAAACCAAUGGAUCUACUACUGUCCUGGAACAAUCUUCUGAUCACAGCUUUAAGAAGGAAAUGAUCGAUAGUCUGUCCAAGAGUUCAGAACAGCCAAGAAUUUUCAGCCAGCAGCAAACUACUGGCAUAAUUCCCAAGGUUACAAUUGAGAACAACAGACAUAUCAUUCCGUCGGAUCUUUUUCUAUCCUCUGUGUCGCGAAAUCUCGGUGAACCCAAAUCAAUGGACCUUAUUCCGGUCGAUGACCUUUCAAAGUCCGCGGAGAAUACACCGCGAAAUUCAUUCGCCGAGAUUGAUCGACCGAUGAUGUCGCAACUCGGAAGGCAUAAAAUCUGGGGCGCAACUACCGUCAAUCGGAAACUUAAGGAGCAGGUUCUCCGUGAAGUAUUCAGUCCUCCUCCCAUUCACCAUCACCGACGACUAGCGCGUAACCACCCUGGUUUGCCACGGUAUCGCUCCGAUACGGGUCGAGGCAACGGUGCUAUUGCAGAGGACCAGAAGCCCAGUCAGAGCACAAGCGGCGGGAAGUCACCGCCGAAAAGUCUCGCGAUUGAUAUUGCAAAGAGCGCCGCCCAAGAUGGACCCAAUCUUUCUUCUUCCGUUUCUAGUGCCAUAGAAAGGCAUUCAAACCCGUUGGACAAGCUCAGGUCAUCUGAAACGCCGGUUCGAGCGAGCUCCUUGAACAGUGAUCGCCGCGUAAGACGGCGACAUUCUGGCAGCGGUCUGCAAAGACGCCGGAGCAUUACUGGUGGUGACGGCGACCUGUUGUUUUUCGACGAUGAUGGUUAUGGAGGCGACCAUGAAGAUGGAAUUUUUACCAUGGAAGGCGAUGCAUCCAUCGAGCCUUCUUCAGCUCCACAAUCAAGUGAGAGGGGAUCUCUGAAAAAGUCGUCUUCCAAACUUGGGUCACCUCUUCAAUUUGCCAGUGCUCCGCCUGAAAUAGAUCCUGAACCAAUCCACGUGCCAACCAAUCCCAAAGAAGCUCAAACGAAACAAGACGACCGAGUUCAGUUCUUCAUUCUUCUGGAGGAUCUGACAGCUGGCAUGAAUAAGCCAUGUGUGCUUGACUUGAAAAUGGGAACGCGGCAAUAUGGGUUGUACGCAGAUGAGAAGAAAAAGAAAUCUCAACGACGAAAAUGUCAAACAACAACGUCACAGCAACUUGGAGUACGACUAUGCGGCAUGCAAACUUGGAAUGUCAAAAAGCAGGAGUAUUUAUUUGAAGAUAAAUAUUAUGGACGGGACUUGUCGUCUGGUCGUGAGUUUCAAGAUGCUCUAACGCGAUUUCUCUAUGAUGGUGUCAGUCAUAGAAGUGUUGCCAGGAAGAUUCCAAGCAUUCUGCAGCAGCUCAGCAAACUUGAGCACAUGAUCAGGAAGCUCCAUAGCUACCGCUUCUACGCUAGCAGCCUUCUGAUUCUUUACGACGGAGAUGUAGCCAACAAAGAGAAGGGCUCGGGGGAUGGCAACAAGGAUCCACAAUCGAAUGGAAACCAUCCUCGUAUUACGCGACGAGCAUCGGAGGAUUGGCAUAAUGAAGACGACGUGAAACUGAAGAUUGUGGAUUUUGCAAACUGCGUGACCGGCGAGGACGAACUUCCGGCUGAUGUGUCUUGCCCACCGCAUCAUCCAAACGACGUAGAUCGCGGGUAUCUCCGGGGUCUUCGCACGCUUCGGAUGUAUUUCCAACGAAUCUUGAAAGAGGUAGGGCAAGAUGACAUUGUCGAGCGCGGCGAAGGCGAAGCUCUUGCCCCGGGACCCCGAAUCUCGAGUCGGGAAAAUUUGGCAGACGGAUUUUGGAUGGAGAGUGUGGUCGAGAGCGAUCCGGGUGAAGUCAGCUUUUGA